AUGUACUAUACACCUAAGAGUUUUUAUCCAAAAACUUCAAUUUCUCCUUUUACUAUAUGCUAUUACAUGACGAUCCAGAAUGUUUCCCGGGUUAUAUUCGGGCCAUGUGUCUUUUGCAACCCGCCAAUCUGCAUGCUAAAGUAUAAAGAAAGCGGCCUGGGCUCUCUCUCCUUUAUUUUAAUAAAGCUUAAAAUUUUAGCUAACUCAAAGAAACUGAAUGGUAGUAAAUCAUCCCAAGCCAGCAAUAGGAAAAAAUGA